UCCGCGGCAGCUUGACGCUGCUCGGGUGAGGUGAGGAGAGAGACCGCGGAGAGGGACCCGAGCCGCGCCAGAGGAGAGAGACCCGGAACGACCGGACCCCCGGAGGAGAACCCGAAAGAUAACCGCGUUGCCACGGGAGAGGCCUCGGAUCAGGAUGUUCACCUCUGUGAAGGCGUUUGAGGGGCAGCAGUACUCCACCCUGAAGAGGCAGUGUCUGCAGAGCGGCCUGCUCUUUGAGGACCCUCGCUUCCCCGCCAUCGACGACUCGCUCUUCUACCAGGGCAACAGAAUCGGACGUGUGGUCUGGAAGAGGCCGCGGGAACUCUGUGAGGACCCGCAUCUCUUCGUGGAUGGCAUCAGCGCUCAUGAUCUUCACCAGGGUCAGCUGGGGAACUGCUGGUUUGUGGCAGCUUGUUCCAGCCUGGCAUCUCGAGAGUCCCUGUGGCAGAAGGUGAUCCCAGACUGGAAGGAACAGGAGUGGGACACAGAGAAGCCGGACUCGUACGCUGGGAUCUUCCAUUUCCGGUUCUGGCGUUUUGGCGAGUGGGUGGACGUGGUGAUCGACGAUCGGCUGCCGACGCUGGACAACCAGCUGGUCUACUGUCACUCCAACGACAGCAACGAGUUCUGGAGCGCUCUGGUGGAGAAGGCCUACGCCAAGGUCUACGGCUGCUAUGAGGCUUUGGAUGGAGGGAACACGGCAGAUGCUUUGGUGGACUUCACCGGCGGCGUGUCGGAGCCCGUGGACCUGCUGGAGGGUCAGAUGGCGACGGACGAGGUGGCCCGGAACCAGCUGUUUGAGAGAGUUCUGAAGGUCCACAACCGGGACGGGCUCAUCAGUUGCUCCAUCAGGGCCACCACGGUGGAAGACAUGGAGGCGCGGCUGGACUGUGGGUUGGUCAAGGGUCACGCUUACGCUGUCACAGAUGUGCGGAAAGUCCGGCUUGGUCACGGCCUCCUGGCCUUCUUCAAAUCCGAGAAGCUGCACAUGAUCCGGAUGAGGAACCCAUGGGGAGAGAAGGAGUGGAGCGGCCCCUGGAGCGACAGCUCAGAAGAGUGGAACAAAGUGAGCAAGAGUGAGAGAGAGAAGCUGGGGGUCACGGUGCAGGAUGACGGAGAGUUCUGGAUGACCUUCGAUGACUUCUGCCAGUACUUCACAGACCUGAUAUUGUGCCGCCUCAUCAACACGUCCUACCUGAGCAUCCACAAGACCUGGGAGGAGGAGGUGAUGAGAGGGACCUGGACCCACCGACAGGACCCGCUUCGGAACCGCUCUGGAGGUUGCAUCAACCAUAAAGCCACCUUCCUGCAGAACCCUCAGUACGUCUUUGACGUGAAGAAGUCCGAGGAUGAGGUUCUGAUUUGCCUGCAGCAGAAGGAGAAGAGGGCGACUCCCAAGGAGGGGAAGACGGAGAACCUGGCCAUUGGUUUCGACAUCCACCGGGUGGAGCUCAACAGGAAGUACCGCAUGCACACGGCCCAGCAGAAGGUGGCAGGGUCCAUCUACAUCAACUCCCGCUGUGUCUUCCUGAGGAAGGAGCUGAAGGAGGGUCGCUACGUCAUCAUCCCAACCACCUUCGACCCUGGCCAGCCGGGAGACUUCCUGCUGCGGGUCUUCACUGACGUGCCUUCAGACUGCAAGGAGCUGACUCUGGACGAGCCUCCUCAGACCUGCUGGACCGGGAUGUGUGGGUACCCUCAGCUCGUCACUCAAGUCCACGUCCUAAACGCAGAGGGUCUGCAGGGUCAGGACUCCAACGGAGGUGAGACACCGUCAUCUUCUCGACCUUUGUGUGGUAAGCCUGUUUUGUGUGGUCUUCUCACGCUGUCCUGCUCGUCCUCAGCUGUGGAUCCAUACGUCAUCAUCACCUGUGAAGGAGAGAAGGUUCGCUCUCCAGUCCAGAAGGACUCUCGCUGCCCCAACUUUGACAUCAAAGGACUGUUCUACCGCAAGAAGCCCAAAGAGGGAAUCCACAUCGAGAUCUACAACAAGAACAUGAUCGUGGACUCCUUCCUGGGUCAGGUGAUCAUGUUCAGCGACCCGAACGAGCGCCAGGAGCAGCACACGCUCCACCUGCGGGACAAAGGCAGUCGCCAGGACGACGACCUGCCGGGCACGCUGACGGUCCGCCUCAUCACCUCCACCACACUGACCCACAUCUGAGCGCCCGCUCUUCCGCGAACCUUCCCGGGAACGCUCCGCCUUUUCCUCCGCCGCUCCGUCCCGAAGUGUUCGUCGACCAUAUACACUUCUGUUUCCUGUCUCCUCCUCGCAACAUUUUGGUCGUCAGUAUUCACGUGCACACUCGUUCUGCACGCAUGCAUGUGCCAACCUCUCUAAGGGCUACGUGUCGCCUUAUGGCUCGGUCACCUGUAGACCCUCGACCCUGCCGAGAUCAGACGCGUCCUUUGCUAGUGCCCCCGAACUGCCGGUUGCUUUGGACAACCUUUGACCUGCCGGACUGUGCUGCACCUGCUCUAGUAGUAGCUAGCCGCCCAGCCCCUGCCCUUCUCCUCCCUCCCUCACCCACCUGCCCAGUGGACUGUAAUCUGUGACUUUAUCAAGUGCUUUAUGGGACCAAAGAUGAGCCAGGUCCUGGUCCUGGCAUUGAACCACCGCCCCUUGUGCCACAGCAUCUUAACCGGCGACACCACUGCCUGACGCUCGUCGGACUGGUCCGUCCCGUUUCGGGCCAAAGACUUGUGCUACAGGAGACACACCGCCUGCUGGGGGCGACAAAAGUCCCGUGUGUUUGUGUGUGUGCCUGCGUGUGUGCUUGGGUGAAUGUAGCGGAGGAGUCUGGUGUCCAGUGGGCAGGUGUGACCCGGACUCACAGGAAACACCGUGCACUUUAUCAGACCGUGAGAGGAGCGUCCUCUGGAGGGCGACAGAGGACGAGCUGCCAAAAGUCUGGUGCCAUCAUCUCGUCUCUGGUCGCGGGAACGUCGGGUGGACUGGAACAGCUGUGUGUGUUCCUUAAUCCAAUCGGAGUUUCACUCGAGCAGCGGUGCCAUGCAGUUCUGAAUCAGCGCGACCACGUCUUUGACCAGUGACAUGUUUACGAGACGCAGCAUCAGCGUCCCAUUGCUCCCAGUCAGGUGGCCUGUUUGCGGCAGACCUCUGAGAUUGCUCGUCUCCUCUGGUCCUGUGGAACCUUCUGGUGUCUUCGUCUGUCUGUUCCGAAAGCUUCUGGACUUUGAAUGUAGGACUCGACUGUGUCUUUGUCUUCAGCGCCUUCGGGACUCGAACCGUCGCUCCGUGCUGGAGGACGCGUUCCUGUGCCGUGUCUUUCUCGACGUGUCUUUUGCAUGCUUUUUGUCUCCAGACCUCUGCGGCCUCGUCUUGUUGCUGCAUCAAACCACCUAUUUAUUCUUCACGUCUCUGAGCAUGCGACUCCGUCAGUCCGGUGCUCCGGUCGCGUCUCGCGUGGACUCAUGUCGGCUGCCUCUUUUGUUUGCAAUAGGGUGAAGCUGAGAUGGAGGUGGGUUGUGAAAGUCAAACCUGCAACUUAUUUUCUUCAUUUCUGCUGCCGUCAGCGGCUGAGAAAUGAUGUUGUGCCAAACGUGGGCGGGGCCAAACCAUUUUCCUGUCCCACAUCAAGAGUCGCAAGAGUUGAACUGAUAACAUUUCCAAGUCAUUUUUGCUGUUAAUCCUCGUGGAACUCCCUUUUCAGAAAGCGUCACUCUGAACAGAUGAUGGUGCUUUUCCGGCUUGACUUUUGUUUGUAGGCAAACUUCUCACAGGAGCCUCCCGCAGUAGUGGAGUGUCAUUGCAAAGGCAAACAUUCAACCUAAUCCUGAUUCUCUCUGAUGCUGGAGUUUGGACCUCACAGCCCAGUUACUUUUGUUUGCGUGGUAUAAAUUCGUUGACAUAUCGUUUUGGUGCUGGAUCAGGAUCGUGGGCGGAGCAAGGUCAGAGUUUCUCCACCAAGUCAGACGUUGUGAAGACAUGUUCUCUGUGCGUCUUGUCAAGAUGUCGCUAGCACUUGUUUCCCAUGCUCGGCCGAGUCAGUCACUUCAUCCUGCUCUUGCCGUGACUUGCAGCUGUCGGUCUUCUCGACUCACCGUGACAUCAUUCCCAAGUCUUGUGCUUUCGUUGAAGAGCAGACAGGCGGAAGGUGGUGACGUCAUCCCGUCCAUGCAGAGGUGGCAGGAGUGCGAGGACUGUUCGUUUGUGCGUUCUCUUCCCGCGCGUCAUGCCAAAGCAAUUUUUACAAUCUUGGAAGAGUUGGUGACGGCUUUUCUGAGAAUGGGUGCAUGUAGCAGCUUCACGCCGCCGCGUUUGCGUCCUCCAUCAUCUGCCUGUCAACAGCCGCAUGCGGAGUCACUUUUCUAAAAUCUUUGCGAUCUUUGCGGUUUGUAAACAAACGUAGCAUCCCAGUCGUUUCUGGACAAAACUUUUGUAUCACUGACGGAGAGUUUUCACACGUAGCACAGUUAGCCUGCGAGCGAGUUACUGCAUGACGGCGUCCUGGAGCAUCGUGGAUGAACCCCGACCUUUGACCCCCGAAUGAGCUUGUGUGUUGUCUCGUGAUGACCGGACUGCUGCAUGUGACUCUUGAUAACUUUCUCAGUAUUUUCUAGCCGCGCUAGUUUUCUAAUGCGCUGCGACGUUUGAGGCCGCACGUGUCUGCGGCGAGCGCCGAAGCACCUGUGUGCCGUACGUUAUGUGCCGUGUCCGUGUGUUCCGUUGAGCUUCCGUCAUGUUCUCCGGCGCCGCCGCUGGACUGCUGGGCGACACUGUGUUCUUUUCUAGCUGCGACCCCAAAACUUUCUUUUCUAUGGAUGUCAACUUGUGGCAUGAGUUUGAAAUAAAAUUCCAAACCAGU